CAGUGCCUUGUUACCUCCGAAAAACCACUUACUACUUCUUUCAGGAAAAAAUAUAAAACGCAAGCAGGCACCGGGGAGCGGUUACUAGUAAAGCACCAAUUUAAUGCUCUCGCCCGCCCUAAAAUCGUAGUUAGACAAGAAGCCCUCAAAGGAUGUUGCAAGAGGAGGGAACGCUCAAACUUUUCGCAUUUUUCUGAAAGCAAAUCCAAACUCUCACACUAGUUCGACGCAAAUAAUGGGUCCCAGUAGCAAUAACAAACUACAAAAAAAGCAAAUAACAAAAAAAAAACGAAGUGCCCAAAUGAAAAAAAAAAAAUGCGUAUAUUUGUGCGUCAGUUUUUUCCAAUCAGCUUCACUCUCCUGACCCUAUUUCUUUAUCAACACUCUUACGCACUGCAGUUGCUCCCUUCGCAUCGUCACUAUAUUCAUGGAGCGUAGAUGCUUUUUUCCUGUAGCAGCAUUCCCACAGCCCUUGCUCUCUCUCUCUCUCUCUCUCUCCCUCUCUCUCUCUCUCUCUCUCUCUCUCUCUCUCUCUCUCUCUCUCUCUCUCUCUCUCUCGGUGACGUCGCCCUCUUCUGGUGUUUAAUCACAGAGAACUCAGCAUGUCCCUAUUUUUCCUUGAAGAAGGGAUCUCAGCCUGUCAGGCAUUUCUCUAUUUUUCCUUGAAGUAUUUGCCUCGGUCCGUCCUCGUGCCCCUUUCGCUCUGCCUGUGGCUCCUUUCGGAGCAGUUAGGGGUACAGCAUCAGUUUGGUGUUGGCUACUUCUGCUACUCCCGCAGGCUGCAAGCAGGCAGACGGGAAGGCCUCAAGUGCAAAGGGUGCAAGAGACAACACGCAAACUUUUCGUAUGUUCUUUCAGACAAAAAUUUAAACUUUUUCGAAGCGAUGGCCAGAUUCUAAUACCAAACCAAAGAAAAAUUUACUUAGAAAAUGUUAUAUCGGAUAUCACAAGAAGAAAUUUAUUUUAAUAGUUGUACAGCUGUGCCCCAGUUUUUACUAUCAGCCCCACUCAUUUGGCUUUAUCGUUAUCCCUGUUUCACUACUGUAUCUGUAACUCCUUGCCAAGAACGCAGGUGGCUGUUGCAACAUAAAACAAGCUCGAGCGAACACGGCUGGAGGAGGUAGUAGAGAACUCUACAAAUCAGCCACAGGCUUGUGCGUACGUUAGGUCCACUUCAUGUAGCGGGGUAUGAAAGCAAAGAGCGAAGCUAUGCCGUGCCUAACCAGGCAUGGGCUUGAUAAUAAUUUCCGCCACGCCGGGCGAGGCACAAGAGCCCGAAGUCAUGAGCUGGAACUCUAGCGGCCGUUCGAAAUUUGCGGACCCCGUAGUUUUCUGUUGCAGCAAGCUACUUCUCUUCAGAUGAAAUAAACAUAUGCAAUUGCAAGCUCCACCCCCGAUGAAAAACAACUACUUUACGAAAAAAAUAAACGCUAGCAGAAGUACAGCAUGUACGGGAGCUGCAUGCUGUUGCUUUUUUCUUCGUGCGCCAGCAGCGGGUUCUCUGUUUUAAUUUCUGAACGGAUGACCACGAGGGAGGUGCUGGUGAUUUGUUGUUCUGUUACCGUAGAGGACCAGUCCUAUAUGUUAGUCUCUUGUGCUCUUGUCCAAGAAGUCACUUUCGAACAUCAUUCGGUCUUGAUGGAUUACAUCAAUCAGUUCCUGCGCAAUUAAUUAGCACUAUUUUUUAUCAUAUGAAUUUAAUUCAUAUCGAUUCCGUUUCUGCUUCGUUCAAAUAUCCUAUUUCUUGUCGUUCCUUCGUCCAACAAAACCUAAUCGUUCCGCAAGAACUCGUGCAACUACUCUGGAUUCUGUCGACUUCGUUAUGAGUUAAGUUUUCGUUCAUGAUUUACAUAUCGACCGGCUGACGAAUCUCGUCAAAAGUGUUUCCUACACUUGAUCAACAUAUCCACCGAACACGACGCAUGCGCCAGGGAAAAGAAAUGAGAUGGGGGUGCAGUGAUGAAGAACGCAAGGUGUGAAAUGAGACGGGUGCGUCCGCGGCGAAGAAAACAGUUUUCAUUUGCGAAACAUGACUCGGCGUACUAAGGAAAUUGCAAG